AUGAUUCAGGAGAUUAAGCGCAUUAUCAAGGACAGCGAGAUCAUGAAGGAAGACGACACCAAGUGGCCGCAGAAGAACAAGGACGGCCGGCAGGAACUCGAGAUCAGGCUUGGAAGCGAGCACAUCUCGUUCGAGACGGCGAAGAUCGGGUCUUUGGUCGACGUGAACGAGAGCGAGGACCCUGAAGGCCUCCGUGUCUUCUACUAUCUGGUGCAGGAUCUGAAGGCGCUGGUGUUCUCGUUGAUCUCGCUGCACUUCAAGGUACGUUGA